GGGCAGUUUAAACAUGGUCUAACCAGAAGAUGAAAUUGUGUGCUUUCUUAUUCGGUUUCUGCAUCUGGAUUGUGUGUUAUUGCACACAAGUGGCGGGAAAUGGAGGAUUCACCCUCGCGCCAAGUCCCUCCUCACCUGACUACAAGGCCGAUGAAGCUAAAUAUGAGGAUGGGGGAAUGGCACCUCUUUUUAACUUCGCCCGGAAAUUUAUAAAUAUGUGUUUAUCUGAUAUCAAAGAUGUGAUACAAGUUAUCAAAGAUGCUAUAAAAGGUAAUAUUGGUCAAAAUGUAGAGGAUAUUCUCCACAUGGUAAGGGACAACUUCCUGGGAUUCUCCAUCUCUGUGGUUGUAGGACUUUUGUUCAUUGUCAUCUUCCCGAUCGUGGGUUGCUGUUUCUGUUGCUGUAGACUGGGUUGCAAGGCGUGUUGUGCACAACCAGAGGAAGAAGACCCUAAUGUGUCCUGCAAAAAAGCUAUUUAUGGAACUAUCCUCUUCGUUUUUGUGGCGUUUACGGCAGCUGGUAAUAUCUGCGUAUAUGUAUCAAACGACAGAAUUUCGUUGGCCCUGACAGAAAUCGUAGACAAUGUAGACACAAAUCUUGACGACUUAAAGUUGUUCAUGGACCACACAACAAAGCAAAUAGAUUUAAUCCGGACAAAUUUCCAAGCAGCAAAGAACGAAAUCGACAAAAAACUGGACACAACAAAACUUUCUGAGGCUUUACAGAACAAGGCCGUAUCACUUUUGACAGGGGGCGCUGUACAGGAUCUCCAGACAGAUAUAGACCAUCUAACUUCUGCCAUAAACAACAUCAACAGCGGAACACAAUCAUUUCGGACAGCAUGCCAAGCACUAUCACCAACAUGUUCUGUGCCUACGCCAUCGCUACCAACAGUUCCAAAUAUCAAUAUAGCUGGAAAGGCCACAGCGAGUAUAAAAUCAACAAUAGACAAUGCUUUAAGUGGAUCAACUGCAACAAUGAACCAAGCAAAAACACAAUUAGACAACGCUAACACUGAGAUCGACGACUUGGUGACGAACACAAAGAAUGCUAUACAAAAGGGUGAUGCAGUUAAUAUUAAGGGAACAAAAGAAAUGGUGAAGGAUCACUCUGAUUUUAUAAAACCAUAUGAUAAAUACAGAUGGUAUGCUGGAAUUGGAUGUGCUGGAGUUGUCUCCCUUAUACUAGCUCUCUACUGUUGUGGAUUGUGCUGUGGGUGUUGUGGAGGGAGGUCUGUAAAUGACCCUCUGGAGAAAGGCUGUGUGUCUAACUGCGCAGGACGUCUUAUGAUAGGGUCUUUAGUUUUUAUAUUUGUCUUCUGCCCGCUGCUGAUGUUAAUAACUACGACACUUUACAUUCCUGGAGCACUCCUAGAAAGAUACAUUUGCCAGCCACUGACGGAUCCAAAACUGGAGCUAAUAGACGAACUCAUCGACGGAUUUGAAUACAGUCUAGAGGGUGUUUUGAAACAUGAACAAGGACAUGAAAUGGAUCUUAAAACCUUCUUCGGAAACUGUCAGAAAAACCAGGCAAUCUACAAGGCAUUAGAUAUAGAACAUUUGACAUUGUUUAAUUUCAAGUUUUCUACUCUUGAACAAAAAGUGCAGGAUAUCAUAAAUGAAAUGAGAAACAAGGGAUCCUCAGGGAUGGGGGAUAUGCUGACAAAUACAUCAAAAUAUGGCUCUGCAAAUUUACUGCCUACAGACCUGAAGACAAAUUUAGACAACGUAAAAAGUCAGAUGCAGAGUUUCGAUCUAAGUGUUUUUGAUGCAGCUCUGAAAAACAUGGAAAAUCUAGUCUCAACUUUGGAAAUUUCUAAUUCGGGUACGUCGCAACUUAAAGACAUGAAAAAGGCAAUGGAAGACAUGAAAACAGCAAAGGUGGAACUGUCCAAACAAAAAUCAAACAUCCCGUCUGCUGUAGACAAUGUAAAAAAGGAACUUAAUAAUGCAACGGCAGUUAUGAAGAGGGACGGAAUGAAAAAUAUUGCACAAUCAUUUAUUAAUGAAACAGUAAACAUCGCUGAUAUAUAUUUCAAAGAUGUCAAAAACAAGGUACACAAUGAAAUAGGUCGCUGUCAGCCUCUGUGGAAUCUCUACAACUCUAUCAUUAAAAUAUCGCUUUGUGAAUACAUUGUGGACGCCUUUAAUGGAUUCUGGUUUUCCAUUGGCUGGUGUAUAUUCUUCUUACUUCCGGCGGCAGUUAUAGGAACGAAACUCUCCAAUUUCCUGCGAGAUGUGGAGUAUGUCUACGACAAUAAACAUGAUGCAGAGAGUGGAAAGACCAAACGCACAAAAAGGAAUCAAGUAGGACACAAAGAUGAUGAAGAGUAGAUCAUCAAAUUCUGAGGUUAUUAGACUUCUAAAUUUAGAAACAUGUCUAUUUGACACCACUGGUCUUUUAAUUUAUGAAAAAUCGGGUUAUUUUUCAUAACUUCAUGACUUUAUCAAAGGGAUUUUGUUUUUGUUUAAAGAGUAAUAAAUUCUGUAAUUUUCUUUAAAUGUGGCAAAUGAUUAUAAUAUAUCUAUUUUUGUCAAUUAUAUUUU